UGUUUCGUGCUAAAUAAGAAAAAUCUCGUGCAAUUUCCAAAAGUGCAAUCCAUAGAAGGCCGUGGCUCGAAAAGAUGAACAAAUAUUAAAACAGCACCUGAAAGCAGCGAAACGCGGGAACCAAUCAACUGUGCAGAAUCUGCGAUCGCCGGAUACCCUUUUAUGCUACCAACGUAAAGGACCAGAUUGCACCUAAUUGGUUCAUCUCACAACAGGAACAAUCGUAUCCGUGUAGUUGAAUUUACAGGGAAACGGUUCGGCCUGCAGCUGGCUGCUGCCGAUUGACGGUUUUCGGUGCCUUUUUUCGAGUAAUUUUUAAUAAACGAUGACACCCCAGGUCAGGCCAUGUAUCGACGAGGAAUUCACGGCUGAUUCACCUACAAGGCAGCAGUUGGUGAAUGGUGUGCCUAUGUGGAUUUUCGACAAUCUAGACAUAGAAGGUGAAGAGGAUGAUAUGAAUGCAGAGCCGUCUGAUCAAGUGAAUAGCGAUAACUCCAGCAUACAGCCAAUUCCCACCCAGCAAACGCUCGAGGAUGCCGUUAAUGCCAACAACCAGUCAGAAGCGGUAACUUACUUGAAUGAUAUGCUAUCGUGCCUUUUCCAUGAUCUAGACGAAGAAAAUGAAUCAAGCGACCUGGAGAGCCUGGAUGCCAACGGUCCAAAACCAACGGCUGGACGGGAAAGCUCACCAUGCAUUAGCCAUUGGAACGAUUCUGAUAGCACUGUUGUUGAAAAUUCCAUAGUCGUGCCAGCUACAGCUGUUCAAGAAACCAGUAAUGGAGCACAUGGCGAUGUAGAUAAUGGGUCAAGUGGAAUAAUAACUCCCAGCAAUCCUGCCUCAGAUACUGAGAGUACCAGCGUUUCACGAAAAAGAACCAACCAAUCCACCGACUGUUACGUUUCACAAAUUCCUACGGCUAUCUUCGAUACGUUCGAUGGCAGCAGCCAUCCACGGACCACGGACGAAACUUUGAGGGAUCUCAAUUGCUCCCCAUAUGAACUGGUGCCGAUGGACAGCAUUAAACUCCAGACGUUUUCUAGUGAAUCGGAGUCUGGUUGUACGAACCAGACGUUAAACGAACUCGCAAAUGGUGAUGAUGAUGACCGAUCCCGAUUGCCAGCGAAACGAAUCAAACUACACUCCAUCGAAAACAUCAACAUCAUCCAUCAGCAAAUUAGUAACUUAUCAACCGUAACCAUAUCGAAUAGUGAAGGAUCUAGUGACCUUUUUUCCUACAGUACUCCUGACGAGGAUCUGCACACAGUCAACUCCGAACCAACAGGGACAUCAGUUGAACCCGACAAACACGUUCACGUCACACAACGUCGACCGAAAAAACAGCCAGUACAGCCCAGCAGCCUAGAUGCUGCCACCCCGAAUGAAUCUCCAAACGGAAGACUCCAUUGGAAUGCCGGAGACUUCCUGCGGCCCACGGUUGAAGCGAAAAUUCAAUUGCACGAGUCAUUGCGCUCAAUGCUGCCCGGAUUAUUCGCUAAGCAGCUGACCGAAUCCGAGCGAUUCGAUCCACUGCCAUUGAUCGAACAGAAGCUGUCUCUCAUCCGUCUAGUAGCCGCUGGAUUAAAGCGUAGCUACUGUAAAAACGCUGAUCUCGGGUGCGUCGUUGCCAUCGCAUCGCAGCUCGCCUACGGCAAUCCCGACGGCUCAUACCUACUUUGGCGAAUUUGAACCCGCCAUCCAUUGUGUUGUAUUGAAUUCAUUAUUUGAAG